AUGAUUGGACGCGCCUUUGCGGACAAAUUCAAUUCGGAGCGGAUAGGGGCGAGGUUCGAUGGCGACGACGACGAAGGUGGCGAAGAAGGCAAGCAGAAGCGAGCUGACAUCGACGACGGCGUUGGGCCAAGAGGGGCGACGGGCGAAGGAGGAGAAGAAGACGGAAAAAAGAGGCAUCUUGGCCGGAAUGAAGACGAAUCGGUUGUAUGUGGUGUGUGGGGGUAUAUAAGUGAGCCCUAA